GGCCCCACACCCCACUGCCAGAUGUGGGUUUCCGCCACAUACACCCCCGUCAUCAGCCUCACUCUGCACCCAAUGUCCACCCGAAGUGCCCGGAAUCUGGCCCUCCCCCCGGGCCGGGGGUGACUCUGAAUUGACCCCGGAGAAACUGAACUCCCGCCGUGUUCAUUCAGCUGCCUCCUCCGCCAGCCCCGCAUUCGCACUCGCCUUCCCGUCCUCUGCCAGCCAGCGAGACGCCAGGUCUGCGCGAAACUCGCAGGCAGAGCGAUUAGCCGCCGCCGCAGGGCACAGAGCAUAGAAACUUCCCGGUUUCCGCUCAUCGCGGAGCAUCGCCGGGGCUCGGUGGGGGAGCGCAGCGUCCUUCAGCUUUCACCCCUGAGCCUCCACCUGGAGAAACUCAACAGCUGCCGCAGUUUGUCCAGUUCCCUCUGGCUGCCUCCUAUAGGCCUCUCCCAACCCCCUGCCCUGUUCCACACUCCCCUCAAUCCUCUGUCCUGUCCCUCUCUGUUCCUCACACCCCAAUCCCAGACCCAUAGCCCUCUGUCCCAUACUCGGAUUGCUUGUCCCAUUCCUCUCAUUCCAGCCCUAUACAAACCUGCUUCAUCCCCCCUCCAUCUCAUAUUCCCAUCCCGAUCCCCUGCCCUGUUACUCUGUUCUUGCUCUAUACACCUCCUGCCCUUUACCUCUCCAUCCCAUAUUCAACCCUACACCAUUCUCCGCCCUGGUCCCAUCCCCCUACUGGCCCGAUGCCACUACCACCACCUGGUCUGUCAUUCUUCCCCCCAGGGCAGGUGGCCCGAGUCUGUGAGGUCCUGCAGGAGAGUGGGGAGUUCGAGCGUCUGGCACGGUUCCUUUGGGCCUUGCCACCUACCCUUGCCCACAGGUGCCACCAGGCACCUCCAUGGGUGCCGGCCUGCCCUGAGCUGGAGCUGCUGGACCCCCACACCUCAGCCCUGCUGGCACCCUAUUUCAGCCAGGCCUCACCCUGUGGGGCCCCAGGGACCUUGGGGGGCCUGGACCAGUACCCAUCAUGCAGGAGACUAUCAUUCUCAGCCUUCCCCAACAGCAACAUCCAGCACAGGGCCAGCAGCUUCAAGGAGAAGACACGGAACCUGCUGCGGGAAUGGUACCUGCAGGACCCCUACCCCAACCCCUCCCGCAAGCGCCACCUGGCCCAUGCCACUGGCCUUACCCCCACCCAGGUGGGGAACUGGUUCAAGAACCGCCGACAGCGGGACCGUGCUGCCUCAGCCAAGAAAAGACUCCAGAAAGAUUCAUCAUCCCAGCCUCCCAGGGCUGAGAGUCAAGACAUCAUAGGCCUGAGUGACACCCCAUCUGUGCAGGAGCACAGCAGCGCCCUCAGCAGGCAGACGUAUCCCACCUCAACCAUCAGUGACAGCAAGAGCAGCCUAUGAACAGCAGAGACCUGCACCUGGCCAGGGGUGGGCAGUAGUCCUCGAUUUCUCCACCCCCCACCAUCCCCCUUGGAUGACAUGGAAGGAUGUGACCUGCAGGGGGAUCCAGCUAGAAGCCACAGGACAAGGAUUACCUGUGUAAGCAAAGGCUGAAUGAGCUCUCCUCUGACAUCUAGCAAUGAGCCAAGAUGAAAAGAUUUCAGGAACAGAUUGUAUUUGCAUAAACAUACCUACUCUUUCUAGGUGCACAGCAUGAUGGAGCUGCUUUGCCAAAGCAAUCAGUUUUUGCUGGUGUUGGUUUACAAAUCACUUUAUUGAAUGCAGGGAUAAUGAUAUGUUAUUAUCCUAAUUAUAUGAGUAAAUGGCAGCAGAACUAUACUUAGCCUGCUCUGAUUGAGGGGCUCACCCUAAACUGAAUCUCACUCGCUAUGCAGGGAUGCCAAAGCCUAGGGCAGAAAAGAGAGGGUAAGAGUGAGCGUUCAUGUCUGGGGGUGUGGGUUCUCAUUAGGGAGUCCUAGGUAUUACUCAGUGGUUUGAGCAUUGGCCUCCUAAACCCAAGGUUGUGAGUUCAAUCCUUGAGGGGGCCACUUAGGGAUCUAGGUAUUAUUUGUAACUGUUCUCUCUAGUGUUUAAAAAUCACUGAUAACUAGAUGCUGAGCGUUAGAGCUGGGGUAUGGUAGUGAGGCACUGAAAGAAACUGCAAAGCCUGCCCUAGAAGUGAGGUUCCUCCCAUCUCUUAAAAUCACUGAGAGCUGUUUUAAGUGGUAGAACCUCAGAAUGUGAUAUUAUAGCAGAGAAAUGGCAGUUGCAGUGGGUAGUCCUGGCCCAGUGAACACUAGCAACAAUGAGCCACUUGCAAUGGUGCACACAAACAGAGGCAGUGCUCAACACUUUUGGGGUGAACUCAUGUGAACACACCUCUGAACUAUGGGUCUUUGCUGAUCGAGGACAGUAACUGUGAAUAGGGUACACUGGGGAGAGUGGUGUGUUUUUACAUUGCAAGAUGAGAAACUGAAGCAAAGACCAAUGCCCAGUGUACUCUGAGAUGGGUGUUUGCUCAUGGUCAUAUGCUUUUGAAUUGUGGUGUUUUCCCAAAUUAAUGCUGGGUUCCUUUUCCCAUUUUACUAAAAAUUUUCUUUGUUGUACACA